GCGCAGGGCGUUCGGACUUUAGGGCAUCGGGCCGCUUCUCCCGUGGCACCUGCUUAGCUCCCUUGCCAGGGACUCCAGAGGCGCCACCACUUAGCAAACUUUUCCGCCCCCAACCGAAGGGGGCGAGAGGGGGUGAGAGGAGAAGGAGGUCCCGCAGGGUGUGAGCGGACCCUUAAGGCUUACCACUGGAUCCCAACGGAGAGGGGCGCGGGGCCCCUUCACCCCGACCGCCCUCCACCCUGUCUCCGGCACCGGCUCCCGCUCCUGCCCUUCGGGCAGGAGCGAGGGGCGGGGUGCGGAGGGCAACGCAGCCCUCGCUGGGCUCCGCUGGGCCGCCGGGCAUGGCCGUGCACAGCGGGGCGGGCUGCUUCAACCGGACCUGGCGCAGGGUGUCGGGGUUCCAGGACACCUGGCCCCGGCGCUCGAGCAGCCUCCUGUGCCUGCCCGCCUUCUCCGCUGAGCCCGGGCCCGCGCCACCCCUGGCUCGCCAGGCGCCUCCCGGUGGUGGUGGCCCCACCGCAGGGGCCCCUCCACCGCCGGCCCGUCCUCUGCUUCCCGAUUGCUGCUUCUUCUGUUGCCGCGGCUUUCAACUUGGAGGUGGCGGCCGCGGGGCGCUGCAGUGGGACGCGCGCGGCUGCCAGCCUGCGGGACAUGCUCCCCGCGCCAGCGCCUUGCUGGCCGCCAUGAAGAAGCAGAACGUGCGGACUCUGUCCCUCAUCGCCUGCACCUUUACCUACCUGCUGGUGGGCGCCGCGGUGUUCGACGCCCUCGAGUCGGACCACGAGAUGCGCGAAGAGGAGAAACUCAAGGCGGAGGAGAUCCGCAUCAGGGGCAAGUAUAACAUCAGCACAGACGACUACCGGCAGCUGGAGCUGGUGAUCCUGCAGUCGGAACCGCACCGCGCCGGCGUCCAGUGGAAAUUCGCCGGCUCCUUCUACUUUGCGAUCACGGUCAUCACCACCAUAGGUUACGGGCACGCAGCACCUGGCACCGACGCGGGCAAGGCCUUCUGCAUGUUCUACGCUGUGCUCGGCAUCCCCCUGACGCUGGUCAUGUUCCAGAGCCUGGGCGAGCGCAUGAACACCUUCGUCCGCUACCUGCUGAAGCGCAUCAAGAAGUGCUGCGGCAUGCGCAAUACCGAGGUGUCCAUGGAGAACAUGGUGACCGUGGGCUUCUUCUCCUGCAUGGGCACGCUGUGCAUUGGGGCGGCCGCCUUCUCUCAGUGUGAGGAGUGGAGCUUCUUUCAUGCCUACUACUACUGCUUCAUCACGCUGACCACCAUCGGCUUCGGGGACUACGUGGCGCUGCAGAGCAAGGGGGCCCUGCAGAGAAAGCCCUUCUACGUGGCCUUCAGCUUCAUGUACAUCCUCGUGGGGCUGACCGUCAUCGGCGCCUUCCUCAACCUGGUGGUCCUGCGCUUCUUGACAAUGAACAGCGACGAGGAGAGGGAGGAAGGCGAGGAGGGGGCGGCACUCCCAGGCAACCCGAGCAGCGUGGUCACCCACGUCUCGGAGGAGGCGCGGCAGGAGCCCCCGCAGUACCAGGGCGAGGGCGGCGAUCUGCAGUCCGUGUGCUCCUGUGUCUGCUACCGCUCGCAGCCGCAGAACUUGGGUGCCACGCUUGCCCCGCAGCCGGUGCCCUCCAUCUCCUGCAGAGUUGAGGAGAUCUCGCCAAGCACACUGAAGAAUAGCCUCUUUCCGUCCCCCAUCAGCUCGGUCUCUCCCGGCCUGCACAGCUUCGGGGACAACCACAGGCUGAUGCGUCGUCGGAAGUCCGUCUAAGUGUGGGGAGGGAAUAGAACGGAAGAGUCAUUUGUCAUGCGGCUGUAAGUUCCAUUGGCCCAACUCGUCUCCCCCUCCUUAUUUAUUUAUUAUUGUUAUUAUCUUUUGUUAUUUUUACGGUCAUCGCCAUUACUUUCUCUCCUCCGCCCUCUCUGGGUUUCAUUUCUUUCUCCACCUUUCCAGCCAGGCAGAGCAGCCCAAGGGGAAACUAGAGGCCUAUCCUCUGAGACUCGCAUCUGAGCAUGAAGCAUGGAUUUCUUCCGUCCUCCCCAGCAAAGGAUGCCUUACAUUUCCCCUUGCCCCUCCCCUUUCUCUGGGGCCGCUUUCCUAGGACAGGUGAGAGACCAGACCACCGAGGCAGAGCUGAGAGGAUGCCCACCCCGAAGCUGCUCACCAGGCUGAGCCCCUUUGGCCACUGCCCCUGGCAGUGUGUCCACCUAACUCCUUGUCUUUUCCUCCCCAAGGACUGGGUGGCCGUGUGUCCACAUGUGCAGUGUGAGUGUGUGUGCUUCUGUGUGCGGGUGUUUUGUGUGACAGGAUGAAAGCAUCAGGAGUUCAUUUUCUUUCCCCUGCACACAACUGAGUUUUUGUUAGUAGCCUGCUUUGGGCUAUUUCCAUACACAACAGGAAAACCCAUGAGGGUUUUAACGUAUCAUCUUGCCAAAUUAAGCAUGUUCCUCAGGCAGGGUUUACCCCAGAUGUGUCCUGACCACAGUUUCAACACUCUAGGUUCUAAAUUAUGUUAACAUUUUUUCAGUGGGUGUGUGGGCAAGAAGACAUUGAGGACUUCAGUGUGCCAGUUUAAAAAAUUUAAAAAGCAUGCACUUUGUAAAACUGGUAUGCUUCAUUGACACAAGAAAGCAAAUGGAACAAUCAAAAGCCACUAAUAUUAAUUUAUUAAAGACAUGUUUAAUUUUAAUCAUCUCCAGUUCCAACAAUUUUCCAUCCGUGGAAUUGUCAGGAGAAACUGGAAAACUGUUGGAACCACAGAGCACCUAUUUUAUUAUUUCCUACCAGUUGAUGAUGACGAUGACGACGAUGAUGAUUUUGUGUAGCACCUACUAUGUGAAUAGAAUUAUAGUUUUGGAAUGCUUGGAUGAGAAUGAGUAUUAGUAUGUGGAUGUGGUUUCCUAAUAAAAAAGCGACAGGGCAUUCCUUGUUUAAAAUAUAUAUAUUUCAAGAAAGAUUGUCUCUAAUUGCAUUUGAUUUGUAAAUAGGGGAAAGUUCACGUUGGUCUCAGGAAGAGUGUAGAGGCUGUAUCUUGGCCUACCGGGAACUUGCCAAUCUCAGGGGAUGCUUUUGUCUAGAUAGUGGAGAAAUUCCUCCUUGCUCUCAAUAGGGGUGACCCCAAAGGGAAGACUUCCUAACCUCUUAGGGGACAGUUUAGGCUAAAGAAUAUGGCACAUUGUAGACCCUUACACUGGCAGGAAUAAGGGACAGUUUGACCUCCACAUUCACUGAGGGGACUUUAAUUUCUCUCAUCAUCAUCCCUGCCAUUUCUAAAAGUCACCCAUUCACUCAUCCCCCACUCCCCUUUCCUACACCGGAAGUUCCUGCUCCUGGACCGAAUGGGCUUUGGCUGCACUACGCAGAAGGAGCACGUUUACUGGCCUCCGGGAUUUCCUAAAGGAGACAACACCCAAAUGCCACCCGUCCCAAGUAUGUGGGCCAUUGGGCUGAAACCAGGAGCAUUCAAGACUCCUCUGGAAAGGCUAUGCAUGCACUUUAACGCUACACCCUGUGUUGAAAUAUCCCCUUCGUCUAGGACACAGGACCUUCGGAAAGAGUCUGUGAACCUUAGACUCUCUUGGCCAAAGUUGACAGUUAUCUUCAAGGUUUUUAUCAGUUCACUGGUUUUCCAGAUCUCGUUUUAUGGCAAGCCCUACUUAGGGCUCUAAAGAUGUCCAGAGGAUAGAAGUGGUUGCUCUUGUUGAAUAUUUUCCUCACUCUCAAAAGAGUGUUGGCUGUAGGAGGUCAUACAUAGGUAUAAAAAUAUGAAUGCAUAUUUGCAGAGUACUUUAUGCUUUGGAGGAGGCUGCCUGGAAUAUGUGUAGGAGUUCUCUGGAAAACCAUUGUAAGAUUUGCCCUCAAAUGGGGGGUGUGUGUGAUAAUCUUUGAUCUAUCUGCACAUGACACUGAAAGGGUGAAGAAUUUUCUCAACAGUACAGAGCUGAUCCUUGACAGAAAUGAGACCAUAGUCUCAGUUCCAACACCAGAAAGGUCCAACAUGCUGACUCCUCCACAUUAAGGUCCCAGCUUAGCCCCUUCUAUGAGGGACUCUGCUUCUGUGUCUCCACAGGGAUGCAUGCUAGGCCCCUGGAGUCAUUCAGAGUGACAUUGGCUCCACCCUGCCUUCACAGCUGGUUUCCCACUAAAAUGCCUGCGUAAGGUGGUCAUGCAGUGAUCAUUCUGCUUGGAUGCUUCAUGUGACAGGGAGCACCUCUCUUCCCAGGGAAACAUAGAACAUAUUCUCUAUGUUUUCACAGAGUUGACUCCCUUCUUUGUAGCAAAGUAGGGUGAACACUUUCUCCUCUGGUAAUGACAAUUUAAGUAGUGGAGGCAACUUACACUUUGUCUUGGUUCUGUGUCCCUCUGGUGUCUUCUGCUCUUUGCUGCUAGCUCAGCCCUCCGAAGGAUGAGCACCAAGUGUUCUUUUCCAAGGUUACAUUUGCAGUGUGUAGGGCAUGGUUUCCUUCCACAUGGAGUGGGUCUUUUACUCAGACGAUCUGUCUGUUUUCCCUUGUGGGACCUGGCCAAGGAGUCCCCUGGGCACAUCCAGUAAAAGCUGUGAUGUGAGGGCAGGAGCAGUUGAGAUCUCCAGGGAUAAUGACUCUUGACAUGAUAGGAGGGGGACAUCUCUGCUGGAGCCACCACAGUCAGUGGUUGAAUCAGGGAGCCUCCAAGCCAGCAAAGCUCAGCCUACAUCAUCUUGUAGAUCUCCCUUGUCUUGAGGGGAGACCAAGUUUCAGAGAGGUGAACAUUGUACGAGGUCACGUGGCCAGAAUUUGGGUCUUCACACUUGUUACUCUUUCUACUGUUGUCCUGGCUGCUUUUGUCGUCGCUGUUGUGUACAGCCUUCCAAAGAUUCCUUGUUGCUGGACUUUAUCGUGUUUCUGGACUCUCUGUGCACUUAGUACUCUCCUUUGGCCAGGUGAACUUAUACCCUUUCUCCACUUAACCAUGCCCAUUCAGCCAGAGCAAUGAAAGCACACAGGUUGUGUGACUGACUGGGCUUCAGCUUCUGUCAGGACGAGCUCAGGAAGAGUUGCGUUCUAUCAGAAACACAAGAGGUUGCCUCAUCUUCCAGAAGUUAACAUGCCUUGUAUAUACUUAACGAGAUUUCUGACUCUCACUUGAACUCUUUUCCACUAAGAGAUCUCCAUCUUUACUCCAUCAAAGACAGGAAGAAGGUGGGGAGUGCUAUUGAUUAUCCUGGAGCCCUAGGCUCAUUGCUUUAUAGAGAGCAUCCCGUUUUGAUCUUCACAGUGCCAUACCAUGGAGAAGGUACUGUCUUGACCAUCAGCCUGUUACACACUUUACUUAGAAGUGAGCCAAUCUCUCUGGGUUCUGCGAUUCCAGGAUAGUCCCAGAGCUGUGACCAGCUCUGUUUUUUUCACUUGCACCACUCUGUCAUGAAACAAAGGCAGCAGCCUCAACUCCCAGCAAGCUCCCUGAGCUCUAAAUUUGAUUGCUCUCUUUAUGGGGCUAUUGAGUUCCCAAUGCACAUUCCUGGUUGAGAGGGUGGCCUGCAUUCAGGCACGAGCAUAGCAGAUCAUUUGCUAUCUAGGAGUUCCCUGGAUCUCUCAUCUUUCCAGGGGAGGAAGUAAAUGGAUGCAGAGUGCUACCUGGGAGAGCCGCCUGGGGAGGUGCUCAUUAGAAGCCCACCCUGACAAAAGGGGAGCAGGAUUCAUCUCAGCUCACCUGUUUGUUCUCUGUGCACAGGGACCUGAUUGAAAAUAUCUGAAAAGUAACUAAGAACCCACAGCUAAGUCUCAGCAGAUCAUUUUUCUCUGCCUUAUCCAGAUCUGAAAGCCCAAGGGGUCCUGUAUCCCAGCACAAGCACUUGCAGCUGGAAGGUGGAGAGAACAGAGUUAGAGAACUCCAUUGCCUGCGUGCAUUGGGUGGAAGAGGUGAAAGCAAUCACUGAUCUCUAAGGCUUCUGGCCUCUUUUCUUUCAUAUUCUUUUUAUAAUGAACCCUAACUGAGGUGCCCAGGAAGGGCAAGGUGUGAGAUUGGAGAUGUAUUCCAGGAUGUGUCCUGCAAUUGGCAUCCGAGUCACUGUCAUCUAUGAGUGUGGCUUAGUUCUUAAGUGGUGAGACUUGGGGCUCACAGUUGUAAAAUAUUUUUUUUUCUGCAGAGUCAUGGUCUUCGUGGGAUCCUGGAAGCAUCCCAGGCAAGGAAAGAUCGGCAGCACAUUGUGUCUUGCCUCCCUGGGUUCCUGGAAGUCAUUUCACUCCCAGGGCCUUGGUAGCUUUUUCUUUAACACAGUGAGGAAGCAUAGGUGGGGACUGUGGGUACUUAGCCCAAAAGGAACUUGACCUACUAAGACAUUUGGCCUGGAUAUUCUAAUCACUGGGCAUCUUUGAAGGUUGAGCCCUCAAAAGGAAAGCCAAAACACUUUCAUUUGGCAGGAGACUGGGAGCUGGGAAGAUGAAGAGACACAAACAAUGGCAGAAAGCAAUGGUCACCACAUGAACCAAGGCCUGGUGCUCUCUGGAUUCUCCAGGGUGCUGAGCAUUAGUCCAUUUUGUGUGGUUCUCUCAUGACCACACCUUGAUAGAGGCUGCUGCUCCAGCAAAACAAAAGUCUAUGGUCACAAUCCCCCUACCAAGUCUGUUUUCAAAAUCCCAGAGUUAUAGAAAAGUUGAAGGAAUAGUCUGACGAGCCUAUCCUCACUCCCAGACCCACCAGCCUCAACACUUUACCACAUUCUUACCUUACCCCCUCUCAACCCUCACUCAGAGACAUUUGGAGGAAAAAGUGUCAUGUCUACAACUUUUAGAUGGUUCAGCCAAAGAAAAAAACUGUAUAUCUCUCAUGAACAAGUGCAUUCUCCUACAUAGUGCCAGUGUUACACCUAAGAAAUUUAGUAUCAUAUAUUAUCUAAUAUAAUCUGUACACAAAGAUCCCAAGUUUUCCCCAAAAUAUCCCGCAGAGCUUUUUGUGGAUCUAAGAUGCCAUCCAAGAACAUGUCCCAGACCUGCUUGUCUUGUUGUCCCAGACCCCCCCAAUUGAGGGCAUCUCCCUCACUGUUUUUGUCUCUUGAUGUUGAUAUUUUUGAAGAGUCCCAGCCCUUAGUCUUGUAGAAUGCCCUGCUUUUGUCUGCUUGUUCCCUCAGGUUGAGGAACUGUUGGCAAGAAAAUACUGUAGUUGCUGUUGUGUAGCUAUGAUUUAUGCACUUGAUGUCUGUCUCUCCGGGGACCUCUGUGGUUACUGCUUUCGUUGUGAAUAAAUAAGUCAUAUUAAA